AUAUGUUUGAGGUUAAGACAAUUAUUUUUAAAAAUACCAAAGAUAAUAAUAAAUUAUAUAAGAAUAAUAGUCCGAUCAUGCAACGAAAACAUUAAUAAUAGAAAUUGAACAAAAAUAUGAUUGAGAGGGUCGAUUCUAAUAGAAAACUAACACUUUCUCCUGGCCGCAAUUUUUGUUACCUACAAACGAAGAGAAAACUAUUUUUAUCUAUCAUUAGACCAAGUAUCGUAUCCAUCGAGUCACAAGUGUACACACUGUCAUGAUACUUUAGAAACAGCGAUCUGCAAAACAAAACAAACCAAAAAUGAACUACAUUCUGCUUGGCUUUUCAUUGGCUUCAACUCUGAUGAUACUUUUUUCCAAUAUAUUAAACUUUUUCGAAAAAAACCUGCCAACUGUGUUUUCACAAACUAUUAGAUAUGGCAAAUUUGCUAGCAAAGAAAAGAGUAAACGUUUUUCAAAAUUUCUCAUAGAGAUUCCUAAAGCAUGUUUCAAGCAUUUUUAUGUGGUGGCUCUGAACUGCUAUGCUGUGGUAUUUGCCAUGGUUACUGCUGUAUACCUGUUGAAGUAUGAAGUUCCAUGGUGGGUCGUAGAGUUGAUAGAUCUGGUGGGUGGAGAGGAAAGAGUUUCUUUUGUUACACCAACUCAAACUUAUGUAGUAAUUUGCUUGAUGUCACUGCAAGUAAUAAGACGAUUUUAUGAUACACAUUUCGUUUCAAUAUUUGGCAAACAUAGUUAUAUCAACAUUCAUCAAUACUUUGUUGGGAUUGUCUAUUAUCCAGCCACGGCACUUGCCAUUUUAUGCGAAGCACCGAAAUUUGCACAUAUUUCACCAUAUGAAUCUGAAAAUGUAGAUAUUUCAAACCUCACAUAUGUGGAGAGAUUUUCUAUACUUCUAUUCUUGUGGGCUUGGUGGCAUCAGUACAAAGCUACUGAAAUUUUAGCUAAUUUAAGAAAAAAUAAAUCAGGACAAAUUAUAACUAGUGACCACAAAUUACCAAGAGGUGACUGGUUUGAAUACAUAUCAAGUCCUCUUCAGGCAGCUGAAAUCGUAAUGUAUACAGCGCUAACAAUAAUUUUAAGAUACAAUAUCACAUGGUUCUUUGUUUAUGCAUGGGUGAUUGUAAAUCAGGUCGAAACAAUGUUGUUGUCUCACUGGUGGUACCAAGAAACUUUUAGAGACUUACCAAAGAAGAGAAAGGCUGUUAUUCCAUUUGUUUAUUAAGUUUUUUCAUAUUAAAUAUAUUUUUAAUCGUUU